AUGGUUAAAUAUUUGUUUAUUUUCAUUAAAACUUGGCCUGAUAGGUUUUCGCCUGAAGAUAAUGCUUAUCCAGUUUUUAACUCAUUAUAUGCAAGACAAAUUUUUAAAACUUUAUGGACUAUACCUCGAGGAGGAAUCAAAAUAGCAACUGAAAUGCUUUGAUUAUGGUGGCAUCUUUACCUUUUUCUUAACUUUAUAUAUUGCAAAUGUCUUACCUUUUGGGAUAUAGGCUAG